GAAGACUCCUGAACUCGUUCCUCUCUCCACGAAGAAGACUCUUGGAGCCUCUGCUGCACCGCGGAGGCGGUUUCCAGGGCAACCGAGGAGCGACAACAAACGGGAGACGGGGCAAAGUUAACAACUCAUCCCGUGUUACCACAGCAACAACACACCACAAGGAAAAUACCUGUCGGUACGUUUGUUUGGUCCAAUGUUGCGUCAGCUUGUUGGCUCACGAUCAUUUUAGGAGUUUAGGAGUAAAAACGGUUUUCACCGCCAUGGCCGACGUCUGCGUCCGGGUGGCGCUCCGGGUCCGUCCCCUGCUCCCCAAAGAAGUCCUCCACAACCACCAGGUGUGUGUGCGCGUGGUGCCGGGCUCCGCACAGGUGAUGCUCGGCCUCGACCGACUCUUCUCCUUCGACCACGCGUUUGGACCGACGGACAACCAGGAUGAGGUGUACGAAUCCUGCGUCCAGCCCCUGGUGGGGUCCCUGGUCCGCGGCUGCAAUGCCACCGUCUUCUGUUACGGACAGACGGGCUCGGGGAAAACAUACACACUCGGAGGGGGGAACCGGGAUGAAGAGGGAGGAAUUAUUGACUGCGUGGCCGAUGAUUUGUUCUCGUUGCUGGGGGAGAAGAGGAAGAGCGGGGAUGUCGUGGAAGCCACUGUGCGGGUGUCAUAUAUGGAGCUGUACACGGAGGUACUACGAGACCUGCUCGACCUGCACGCCAUUCAUAAAGAGCUUCAUAUCAGAGAGGAUGAAAGGGGAAACACAGUGGUGGUGGGAGCCAAAGAGGUGGUCGUCACCUCGGCAGAGGAGCUACUAAGUGUUCUUGAGACAGGCAAUGCCCUGCGUCACACCGGCACCACAGGGAUGAACGAGCACUCCAGUCGCUCUCACGCCAUCCUCACCCUUCAGCUCAUCCAGUGUUGCCACAGCAACGACUCCUCCUUGCAAUCGGUGCGCUCUUCCAAACUCUGUCUGGUUGACCUAGCGGGCUCCGAACGUGCUGGAAAGACUGGAAACACCGGAACACGUCUCAAGGAGUCGGUCCAUAUCAACACGGGCCUGCUCGCUCUGGGCAACGUCAUCCGCGCCCUCUCGGACCCUGGUCGAAAUCGACGCGGUAACAACUGCAACAGUGCACACAUACCGUACCGCGACGCCAAGAUCACCCGUCUCCUCCGUGAUUCAUUGGGAGGCACCGCCCACACGCUGAUGGUGGCAUGUGUAAGCCCCUCUCACCACAGUGUCGCUGAGACUCUGAGUGUCUUGCAGUUUGCAUCCAAGGCCCGUCACAUUCAUAACCGUGCUGGGGCCACAUCUACUCAUACAGAGGUUAAAACGUGUCCUCCAACCUGGGACCCUGCUGAGGCUCGACUGGGCGAGCUUGAGUAUGAAGUACAAACACUGAGGGAGCUACUGAAAGAGAAGGAGAGAGAGAUGGAACGGGAGAAGACCGAUAGAGGAGCUGAAGAGGGGGACAGCAUCAAACAGCCGAGAGUGGUUCGGACAUCUGGUCCAGAUAAGAAGGUGAACCAAGAGGAGCCGUCACAGUACCGUCUCCUGGCACAGGAAGCUGCUGCCCUGCUUGCAGACGUGCUGAACCCCACUUCAAGUCAUUCUUUCAGGCAGCGGCUGCAGGAUUGGCAGGAGAGACUAACGGCUGUCAAUCACUCGCGUCAAGCUGAUGAGAAGGACUGUUCAGUGGAGGAGGGUGGGGAUCAACCCCACCACGUCACCAUAUUAAAGCUCAGAGAAAAACUCAGCAAAUGCAAGGAAGAUCUCGCCAGAGAGGAACAGCUAUCGGAGCAGAAAGAUGCCGAGCUGAGACACGUUCAAAAAGAAGUAGAGAAACUUCUUCAAGAGAGUAAAACCCACCUUCAGGCUUUGGAGGAAGAAAAGGAGCGUACUCGUAUGCAGACCGAACAACUCGUGGACCAGCAGAUCCUCAUCAAACAUCUUCGAAGCGAACUUGUGACCUUUAGGGAUGCAACCUCAAGGGCCAUCAUGGAAACAGGGCCUUCUGGGAACUCAGACAAGAGACCCCACAGUGUCCCUCUGAUCAGCCACAGCUGUGGACACGGACCUCCCAGGAGGAUUCACUCCAGUCCGCCAGCCUAUUCACUGGAGAGGGUGAUGGCAGCCUUUAAGAUGCGCAGUCAUCUCCUGCUGGCUGAGAUCGAGGAGAAGGACGAGGUGCACUGCCCAUUCAUAAAACAACAAGCAGAGAGCAAAGAUGGCAAUCAAACAAAAGAGGAGGAGGAGGAGGAGGAUGAUAUCUUCAUGGGAAAAAUUGGAUCUAGGCGCUCUUUAAACCGGACAUGGACCAGCCGGCAGAAGAAAUCCGCUGUGAAAGAGAAUAACUCUGGACUAAACCAAACAUCGAAUGGAAAUCCGUUUGCACAACAGCCCCAGCGAGCCGCAGGGCCCGAGGGAAACCACGCACGGCAAAACCAUAUGAGGAAGGCGAGACUUCGAGCCAGCGUUACUCAGAGAAAGAUCCAAGAUCUGUCCGUCAACAUGCGCAUGAAAGAGGAGCUCAUCAAAGAGCUUGACAAAACUGACAAGGAGACCCAAGCAGCGGACAGACAUGGAAGGCACCGCGGUGAUGGCAGAGAAGCCGGCGCGUUGGCCAGCCUUUCCCUGCAGAGCCAGCAGGUCCGAGCGGAGAUGUUCCGCAGCCUGCAGCACAUGAGACUGCAGAGAGGAAAGCUUCAAAGCAGCCUCAGGCAGCAGAGAGAGACCGACACGAGCCAAGAACGGGACCAAAACGGGGAGCAAAGGGCAGGAGUUUUGACGGUAUGCGAAAGGGAGUUAAAGGAAAAGCCGCUCGACUGCGUUUGGCUGGAGGAGGAGGAGGAGCGGGUGUUUCAGAAGAGAGUCGAGCUGCAGGAGCUGGAGGAGGAGCUCAGGAGGAGAGAGGAGGUGCUCCUGCGCAGAGAGGCCUGUCUGCAACAGAAAAGCAAACUGGAGGUCAAAAUGCUCCGCUGCAGUCAGGCUCUGAGUCAGGACCUGCUGCGUGUGUCGGUGCAGUUGGAGACCCUGGAGGAGCAGCUGCAGAGCAGCAGCGGUUUGAGGCGGACUGGAGGAGUCACCAUGGAGGAGCUGGAGAAGGAGAGAGACACGCUUACCAAGAGGAGGGACACUCUGGACCUCCAGCUGAAGGACAACAGAGUGCUCACUGAGGAGGAGGAGCAUUCCCUGCUUCAGCUGGAGGAAGCCAUUGAAGCUCUGGACGCAGCUCUGGAGUUUAAAAACCACGCCAUCGAGGACCAACAAAAGAAGUUGUCAAUCACAGACUCAUCUUCGCGACAGCCGCAAAGCACUGAACCCGCCCAACUCUAUGAUGUCAUCGGGAAGCUGAAGGGGCUCUCACCACCUGAGGCUACAGAGCUGCUCGUCAAAUAUUUCAACAAGGUUGUUUGUCUUCGCGAGGAGGAGCGCCGUUUGCGUUUGCGUUGCGAAGAGCUCGAGCUUCACACCGGAGAGCAAGAGGUGGUGCUGAGGGAGAUGGAGGUCGCCAUGCAGCGGCUGGCCCUAGAUGCAGACCGCAGGUUCACCCAGCAGCACCAUGACCACCAGAACAACAUCCAGCUACUGCUGCAGAAACUCAAAGAGGGUGGUUCAGGAGAGGCCCAGCAGGCUCUCGAAGACAGACUGCAGCAUCUGGAGAAAGAGCUGUUUUUUUAUAAAAGCUCCAGUCGGCUGCUUAAAAAGAAACUCAAAGAGCUCGUCAGCGACUCCCUUCAUCCCGAUCAGCCCUCACACACACAAAAACACGACGUGCUGAUUCACGCAAGUGCAAAGGAACCCCAGACGCACAGUGAUGAGGCACAGAGGAGGACACGUAUUGCAACAACACACACAAAGAUGCCCGCUGAGCACGACUCUCACAUGAGGAAACAUGCACACCAAACAUCUCGUCCCUCCUUGUCUUCUGACCCACAAGCACGUAAAGCGGCAACAAGGCCCGAAUACAACCAGGCGCACACACAGUCCCAGGGGGGGGGUGAGAGGAGGGCGGGUCACUCCGGGGACGGUUUACAGAUGACACCAGUCCGUUUAUGUCUCAGAGAGCUGAGACAGAUCCCUCCAGCUGACCUGCAGGUCUGUAGUUCUGCCACAAGGAGGCGACAGUGUGUUGUGGAUACCAGCACUGAGUCAAUGCUAGAGGACUCCAUAGAAGUACCCAGAAACACUGACAGAUGAUGUUAUCGUGGUUCCUAUGAGUCACUUGGUAGCAGCAGUGUGUACAUCAGAUUACAGCUUGGGUGCUAGUAAACAAAGGAAAAAAUGUGUCAUGAAUAACCAAUCACAAGUAUAAGCCUUGUGAAAAAGUUCCAUGUAUUGUUUGUUGGAAAAUACUUAAUUUAUGGGCUUUGUAGGGUUAUGAGGUCAGUGAGCCCUAUGCCGUUUAUAUAAUCAAAAUACUGGUGUUUAUUUAAUGCCUGUCCAUAUUCGCAAUAUGCUAACGAAUAAGAUGCAUCUAAGUUAAGUUGAACAGGUUUGGUUCUCACUGUCAAGGUAAUACCACAAAAUAGUGAAACCACGAAAACUGACACCCGCAGAGUUUGUGUCCGGAGGAGAAGAACGUGUCUGACAUGUGGGCAAUAUGGAAGUGUCAUUACUGUGAACCAGUUCAGUCUCUUGUCAUAGCACUGUCCUCCUAUUUAUCCGUCUUCCUUGGUGGUCACAGAUUUGCCAGAUCCCGGCAAUGCUGAAUGUUGCAGAGUUAAGCCAUUCAAUAAGGGAUGAAAGGCCAGCGUUGUCAUGACAACAUAAUGGCCUUCUUGGCAGUUUUUUGCACUUGAAAAUUGAGGGAAACUUGCCAUUUUGAGAUUAGAGACUUUUAUCUCAGCUCUUGCUAUAUCCAAACACAGCACGUUACAUUUUCCAUUAGAUAAAGACAGAAAACAAGUUGUACAACUGUAUGUAGAUUGUGUGAAUGACCUUUAAUGCAAAAAGCAGCACUUUUUAAUAUUAUCAUAAAAAUAGUAGCUCCCCUUACGGUUAUCAAUAACUGCAUCCACUAAAUGGGUUAUACCUUUUUGCAAAUAGUUAAAAAGAUAAAACAUGUUCAUCGACUUUUAAAAAUCAAAUAUUGUUUUGUGAAGAAAAGUUAUUUGUCUUUCACAUUUCAUUUCCAGCACUGUUUCAGACUUAAGAAGUCUGACCACUACUAGAUGCAAAGCCUUUUGCACAGUUUUUUUUAAUGAUUUAUGAUUUUUUUUGUAUACAAACGUGUUCUAUCUGUGUGCACUCUGUGCUAUUAGUUAUAUGCAGUGUAAUAUGUUUUAUAUGGUUGACUCUUAUUACAGUGAAAUGUAUUAAACAUACGUAUAUGCAUAUCUCAUUGUCAUGCCUUUAUUGUGGGCUCAUCCCCUCAAC